GCGAGCCUUCCUCCUUUCUGUCGGCGGCUCCUCCUCUUCCCUCAGUCGCCUCCGUCCGUCCCUCCUCCGCGCCUCUGCUGCCAAAGCGGUCCCUCGGAGUCCGCCCGGGAGACGCCGCCGCCGCUGCCGCCGCUCUUGGCCAGAGGAUCCCAGGGAGAGGGAGGAGGAGGAGGAGGAGGAGGGCCAGCGGCGUUGGUGGAGACUGGAGCCCUGAGAGAAAGAAACAAUCUUCACAACUGCAGAAACCUGAAGAAUUAUUUCACAAUGGACAUAGAUGAUGAAGAGAACAUGAGUUCAGGCAGCACUGAUGUUAAAGAGAACCGCAACAUGGACAACAUUUCAUCUAAAGAUGGGAGUAUACAAGGUACCGGGGAGGGGAAUCAACUUUCCAAUGGUGGUGGCUCUGGCAGCAGGAAGCGACCUCUGGAAGAGGGGAACAAUGGCCACUCCAAAUUCCGUGCAAAGAAGAGGAAGAAAACGCCUGGUCCUGUCUUGCCCAAGAAUGCCCUGAUGCAGCUGAAUGAAAUCAAGCCUGGUUUGCAAUACAAGCUGAUUUCUCAGACAGGGCCAGUUCAUGCUCCUGUUUUUGUGAUGGCGGUAGAAGUUAACGGGCAGGUUUUUGAAGGCUCUGGCCCUACAAAAAAGAAAGCAAAGCUUCAUGCAGCUGAGAAGGCUCUGAGGUCUUUUGUUCAGUUUCCUAAUGCCUCUGAAGCACAUCUAGCAAUGGGGAGAACUCUUUCCAUCAAUACAGACUUUACCUCUGACCAGGCAGAUUUCCCAGACACGCUCUUCAAUGGCUUUGAAAACCCAGCCCACCCAGAUCAUUCUUUUUAUUUGGAUUCCAAUGGAGAUGGUUCAUUUAGCUCCACUGCUGAUUAUGGCUUGUCAUCUUCUGGGGUUGGUAGCCUUAGCCAGUCCUCUCUCCCUACCCCAUCGUCAUAUCCAUCAACAAGUGGAAAGAAUCCAGUCAUGAUACUGAAUGAACUCCGGCCAGGACUGAAAUAUGAGUUUCUUUCCGAAAGUGGAGAAAGUCAUGCUAAGAAUUUUGUGAUGGCUGUGUCAGUGGAUGGCCACACUUUUGAAGGGUCUGGAAGAAACAAAAAACUUGCCAAGGCCCGGGCAGCUCAGUCAGCAUUGGCAUCCUUGUUUAACAUGCAGCUGGAUCAGACACCUUCUCACCAGCCAAUUCCUAGUGAGGGACUUCAGUUACAUCUACCACAGGUUUUAGCAGAUGCUGUUGCACGCUUGGUGGUAGAUAAAUUCAGCAGUUUGACAGAUAACUUUACAUCACCCCAUGCUCGUAGGAAAGUACUAGCUGGAGUCGUCAUGACAACAGGUACUGAUGUGAAAGAUGCUCAGGUUAUAAGUGUUUCUACAGGAACAAAAUGUAUCAACGGAGAAUAUAUGAGUGAUUGCGGUCUUGCACUGAAUGACUGCCAUGCAGAAAUUAUAGCUCGGAGAUGCCUACUUAAAUUUCUCUACACACAACUUGAACUGCUCUUGAGUAAUAAGGAAGAUCAACAAAAACUUAUUUUUAUCAAGUCAGAACAAGGUGGCUUUAAAUUGAAGGAAAAUGUACAGUUUCAUCUCUAUAUCAGCACCUCUCCUUGUGGCGAUGCUCGGAUUUUUUCACCACACGAAGCAGCCCAAGAGGAUCAGGGAGACAGACAUCCCAAUCGAAAAGCAAGGGGGCAGCUACGGACGAAAAUUGAAUCUGGGGAAGGAACAAUCCCUGUCAGAUCUACAGCUACUAUCCAGACUUGGGAUGGAGUACUGCAGGGAGAGAGAUUGCUUACUAUGUCAUGCAGCGAUAAAAUAGCCCGAUGGAUGGUGCUUGGUAUUCAAGGAGCAUUGCUUAGCCUCUUUGUGGAGCCAAUUUAUUUCUCUAGCAUCAUCUUGGGGAGCUUAUACCAUGGAGAUCACCUAUCCAAGCAGUGUAUCAGCGGAUGCAGAGAUAGAGGACCUACCCCAUCUCUACAUCUUAACAGACCUUUACUCAGUGGUAUCAGCAAUGCUGAAGCGCGCCAGCCAGGUAAAGCACCUAAUUUCAGUGUGAACUGGACAGUAGGAGAUGUUGGUCUUGAAGUUAUUAAUGCUACAACUGGCAAAGAUGAGAUGGGCCGUGCAUCGCGUCUUUGUAAGCAUGCCCUGUAUAGCCGCUGGAUGCGCAUUUAUGCAAAGCUUUCUGCCAACCUACGUUCACAAGUCAGUAAACCAAACAUGUACCAUGAAACUAAGCAGGUAGCUGCUGAAUAUCAAACUGCCAAAGAAUGUUUGUUUAAAGCAUUUUUGAAGGCGGGGCUUGGAGCCUGGGUGGAGAAACCCAUUGAACAGGAUCAGUUUUCCCUCACAGUCUGAUCUCUGGAUUGCAUUUCACUUGGACAAGGGACUAUAGUGGAAACAACAAUGCCCAGUAUCAGCACUUCACCUAUACAACUAUAACAGCAGCUUUUAAACCUUCUUUUUUGGUGGGGGGACUUUUGACCAAUUUUUUUCUGUUGUUGUUUCACAGAAGUAUUAAAACUAAUAGAAGUAUGAAGAUACAAAAAUUAGUUUGGAAUCAAACAAGGUUGAUUACCUUCUCAAGAACUGACGUCUGCAGGGGAAAACACAGUGCGACUCUCUUAAAAUGAUUCAUCUGGAGAGUUUACAAAUUAUUUUAAUACAUUGUUGCCAGGUGCAUGAUUAAUGUAAAUCACAUAGGAUGUUACACUACAGUUUGACUAUGUGGUUUGAAUUUGUGUUCUUUUAGAGUCUAAAAGACAGCUAAUUUAUGUGCUUCUUUUAGAUGUUUAUUUUUUAAAUUGAUUAAAAAUAUAGGAAGGAUACAGAAUAGAAAACAAGCCUGGAGACUGGAUAGCUAGUGUUCUCUGCUUCCUUGCUCUUUAAAAACAGCUGCUGAAAACUUUGUGUCUUUGAUGUAUGUAUUUAUUAAUCUGUGAUCCAAUUUUUAACAUGCUACUUUUUAUUCUAAAGUACCUGUCGUCUCUUCCCACUUACACACAUUGUGUAGUUAUUUUUUUACCAUUGUAAACUGGAAACAAAAAAUAUUUGUAAUCUAACACAUUUUAGACUUCAGUGUACAAAAAACAACUUAGAUGUAGAUGGUUUGUUUUUCACAGGAACUCUAUGGAGUACAACAGUAAUAUUACCAGUGAUGUGGCAAUUUCAAACAUUUGUUCAUUUGUGAGGAAAUACGCUGUCUUGCCAAAAAAACCAACACAAACACCACAACUCCUAAAGGUUAUUCCACAGAUAAAAGCAAUUUUAAACUGUUGGCUCUUCUGAGUCUUAACAUAUUUUCAGCCAAACUGUUGUGUCCGUUUGAGGCGACAUUGCCUGACAUGAAUUUAAAGUGUUUGAAGUUUAGUUUUGUUUGAUCCUCUAGUAAUAGGAGUAAAUAUUGAGACCAUCAUAUUGGUUUGCAUUACCUUUGAUCCACAGGCAUGUUUAUACAGGUCUGGAUCUCUCUCUGCAGAGGAUCCUCUGGUCAUACUCAUGGCUACUGCAUCCACUGCUUGUGUUGCACAGACCAUUGGCUACAGAAAGGUUCACUCUAAUGUGCAGUGUGUAAAGGUCAUAGUGUUGUAGCUAGCUAAUCUACAAAGCCAGUACUCACACGUGGCUCUCCUGUACACUGCCAGUGUUUCAGACAGUAUUAUCUCCACUCACUUGGCAUUCCUCUGACUGGUAAGUAGGAGGUAGAGGAUGACCACAGAGUUUAUUAAGUGGGCAAGCAUAAUACCUCAGCUUCUAUAUAAUGCCCCACCAGAGGAAGUUAGACAUAAACAUGAAAUCUUAUUAGGAAAUUAUUUGAGCAGUUAAUCUAAUUAUAAACGAAAGAAGAAAUUCAUAGAAAUUUGAGCCUGAUCUUAUCAGCUCCAUUCCACAAAGCAUGUUGUGUAGGUUUAGCAAACUGAAUAAUUCUCAUUUGCUUAGAGCUGAAUAAUGCUUACAUUUUGCUAAGCCAGUGGCAGGAAGUAAAGUUGUAAUACUAGAUGUAUAUCACAUAUAUAUUGGGCUCUGCUUGAUGUGAUGUUCAUACUGAAAAUAUCACAUCAGCUAAAAAUAUUUCAAAUAUCUGUGUGGCUAUGUGUAGUAGAUAGAAAAGGUAGCUAGCUCCUCACUUUUCAGUAUUUUCUGGGUACUACUGCCUACAUAGUAUUGUGGUGAUAGAUGCAAAAACUAUACAAAGUUAUAUGCAUGUCCAAGAAAGUCCUAUGUGUAAUUGGUUUACAUCUUUGUUAAAAAGGAAAGAAAAAUACGUUCAGUUUUUUUUAAAAAAAUGGCUAAAAGGCAUGAUAGCAAUAAGUUAAUUAAUAUAGACAUUGAUAGAAUAAAUCAGAGUUUUAUUAUAUGAAAGCAAAUGUAUAUGGCAUUUUUAAACAUUAAUGAACAAAUUCACACAGUUCUGUGGCUUAAAAGAUAUAUGACACAAGAAACACACCCAUAGUGUUGACCCCACAAAUAGUCCCAUUGAAGCAUAUUCUAGUAUAGAGGAUCAAGGGCGACUUAUGGACCACUUUUAAGGUAAAAUAGAUUGUUGCUAGGACUGACAACUUAUGGAUUGAAACCAAAUACUUCGGUAGCUGGGUAUGACUUGGGCAUCGAAACCUCUGGUUCAUGGAGUGAAGCCCAAGAUGGGGAGGGGGGUUAAGUGCCUUGGGAGGGGGCUAUGGGCAAAGGUGUUUGUUUGGUAGGUUGGCGGGGGCAGAGUUUGACAGACAAUCCAUUGAUUCUUGUUAAAAUAUAUGUAGUUUAAAAUGGGUGGUGAGAAUCAGCUCAAGCAGAAAAUCAAUGGAAUAACUUUGCCCUUUGGUUCCCUGGAUGCUGGCUCAAAAGCAUAACCAAAAUAAUAAUAAUAGUUGGGCUAUUAUUGAUUGAUAACCCUAAUUGUGAACCUUCCUAUGAUUCUCGCUGUCGUGGUUUAACAGGCAAAAUGCACUGAAGUGUGAAAACAGCAGAAUAUUGGACUGGAUGGCCCUUGCGGUCUCUUCCAACUCUUAUGAUUCUAUGAAUGUGUAGCUUAGAACAUGUUGCACGCUUUUCUUAGAGUGGUCAGUUUAGGACAUAAUGCUGAAUCAUAUUUUUGUGUGGUGUGAAUCAGCAGAAUCAAGCUGUGGGCUCACCACCUGCUCUCCUAUGCGUGGUUACAAGGAGAUCAGAAGUAUAUGCUUGUUUCUUCACCCAACCAGAGUUUACUACAGGGGUGGGCAAAUUGUAGUCCUCCAGAUGUUCUUGGACUCCAGUUCCUAUCACCCAUAACCAGAAUAGUUAAUGGCAUGAGAAGAUGGACCUUGCAGUUCAUGACAUCUGGAGGGCCAGCCUUUGCCCACCCACUUUUUUAUUGUUAUAUCAGAACUGAAGUAAACUGUGGUUAGUUUAAACUUUGUUUAAGGAUCCUGGCUUGAUAACAAAUCAUCCUGGUUUGAUAACAGAUCAUAGUUCAAACUACUCAUUUUUUUUU